AUGCACGUGCCAGGCGUCCGGUCUCUGUGGAAGGGCCUGCUGGUCACACUUCUUUUGACCAACCGUGCCAAUGCUAUUGAUCUUGAUGUCACCGAUCAGGAUUCCCUUAAAAAUGCCGCCAGUACGUCUGUCUAUGCGAUGAUGACAUACUAUCAUGGCAAUGAAACAGGUCAAAUCCCUGGAGCCUUCCCAACGAAAUGGUGGGAAGGAGCCGCACUUUUCUUGGCCCUUUUACACUAUUGGCAUUUCACCGGCGACACCACCUAUAAUGACGAACUGAGUGUGGGAUUGGAAUGGCAGGCAGGAGAAUGCGAUUACAUGCCCAGCAACUACAGCGCUUACCUCGGAAACGACGAUCAAAUGUUCUGGGGCCUGGCAGCGAUGACCGCCGCCGAAAUACAAUUCCCGGACUCUACUGUUGGCGAGGGAUACUCAUGGCUGUCGCUUGCUCAGGGUGUUUUCAACACGCAGAUUGCCCGGUGGGACACCACGAAAUGUGGUGGUGGAUUGCGAUGGCAGAUUUGGAGCUGGGAGUCAGGGUAUACGAUGAAAAAUGCCAUUUCGAAUGGCGGCUUGUUUCAACUCUCCGCGCGCCUGUAUCGCUAUACUGGCUCAGAAACAUAUGGCAACUGGGCUCGUAAAAUCUGGGACUGGUCGGUAAGCUCACCUCUUGUUAGUAACUCGACUUGGAACGUGGCAGACUCGACCGAAAUGACGAACGAUUGUACCACCCAAGGAAACACUCAGUGGUCAUACAAUUAUGGCACAUACUUGAUUGGCGCUUCAUACAUGUAUAACUCGCCAUUGGAGACCGCUAACCCGAUUGCGCUCUACCAGACAAAUGGAACCGAGCAAGCGACAUGGAAAACAGCGGUCAGUGGUCUAUUGAACCAGACAUUGGACAAAUUUGCUCCGGCUAGCAAUGGCGGGAUUUUGGAGGAGAUCGUGUGUGAACCAUCGGAGGUAUGCAACAACAACGAAGUCCUCUUCAAGGGACUUGUGUCUGGGUGGCUCUCAUUCACCGCUCUGGUGGCGCCCUUUACCUUUGAUACCAUCUUGCCAAAGCUACAAACCUCAGCGCAGGCUGCUGCGAAGUCUUGUACAGGUCAUAACAACAAUACCUGUGGUGUGCGCUGGUACCAAUCCAAUUACGACGGAUGGAUUGGUAUGGAGGAGCAGAUCAGUGCCACCAAUAUCUUUGUCGCUAACUUGAUCAACUUCGAAACUUCUGCCCCGGUCACUUCGACAACUGGCGGGAACAGUACUGGAAACCCCACAGCUGGCACAAACGAUACGCACAGCAGCACUGAUAACCUCCCGACAAUAACCACUGCUGAUAAAGCCGGUGCCGGGAUCUUGGCUGUAGUUUUUGUUAUUGGCUGGGUCGGUUUGAUGGGAUGGACUGUAAUGGGCGGUUGA